AUGUCUUCCUUUGUCAAAAUAGCCCUCCUUUUCUCGUCUAUGGUUUCUAUCCAUGUCGGACUUACUCCUCCAAAUCGACCUCCCCCCGUUGAUGUUCAAUUCAUACCCACAGAGAAAGGGUCGGUUCGGACCAGCGAGGUCGUUCUGAGACGAAUACUGUCUUCAGGUGGCCCGUCGACCUACUUCAAGGCACUAUUCUGGACUGUCUGCACAUUAGAAUCCAUACUUAUUCUCUCCGUAUCUUAUCCCAAGUCGUCCGCAUCCCAGCUCUUGGCAUCCAUCUUCCCCACCUCAAUCACCAUAUGCUAUUCAACACCCUUCGCCGUCAUCUGUACCCUCAUCACGCUCUCCGGAGGCUUCCUUCGCGUGCAUUGCUUCCGCGCAUUAGGCAGAUUCUUCACCUUCGAGCUCUCUCGGCAAGAGAACCACAAGCUCAUUACCUCGGGAGCCUAUUCUCUUGUCCGACAUCCUUCCUAUCUUGGCGCAUUGCUCACGUUCGCUGGUGCCAUGCCGCUAUUUGCAGGUCCAGGCUCCUGGAUUUGGGAGAGCGGUAUCCUAAAGACUAUUUGGGGCGUUGCGGGGGUCGGUGGGUGGUACGGCGGGAUCGUUCUCAUGCUAGGAACGCUGAUGUUCAGGCUGAAGAGUGAGGAUGAGUUCAUGCGGAGAGAAUUCGGGAAGGAAUGGGAAAAAUGGGCCGAUGAGGUGCCAUACCGGUUGAUUCCAAUGGUUUACUGA